UGGCCCGGCCGCGGCUGGAUGCAGCCGGUUCAGGAGGGAAUGCCUGGCUAGACCCCGAAACCUUGAAGGCUUGAACUUGGCCUGCAUGGCAAAUCGUCAACAGCAGAGUCUGAGAAUCAGAUGGUCCAGGAGUUGAGGACGCCCCAUGUCCCCCCAGCGCUGCCUCUAGCUAAGCUUUAGGGCAGUGUGUUGAAGAGUUUGGGUCCUGAGCACGAGAACCAGCAUGACAGGGACCGAGUUGAAGCUAUGGAACGACAAAGCGGAACGGGAGAUGUACGAAAACUUUGCAGAUCUCUAUGCCAUCAUCAAAACAACAGAGAAGCUAGAGAAAGCUUAUGUCCGGGACGUCAUCAGCGCCAAGGAAUACGAGCCAGCCUGUUUGAAGCUGAUUGCGCAGUUCCGGACGUUGCGGACGACAUUGAAGGACUCCGUGCCAGAUGUGGAGAGGUUCAUGUCAGCCUACAAGCUGGAGUGCCCCGCUGCCGUGAACCGGCUGCUGCAGUCGGGGCUCCCUGCCACUGUGGAGCAUGGGCGGCCUGUUCCUGGCGAGGGCCCCAGCAGCGCCAUGGCCGUCGCGGAGACGGUGCAGCACUUCAUCACGGCAAUGGACAGCCUCAAGCUGAGCAUGGUGGCAGUGGACCAGGUGUACCCGCUGCUCAGCGACCUUGUUUCCAGCAUGAACCGUGUCCCGCAGCUGCCACCUGAUUUCGAAGGAAAGGUCAAGGGUAAAGAUUGGAUAUCCCGGCUAGCCAAAAUGAGUGCUAGUGACGAGCUCAAUGAGGGCCAAGCCCGACAACUUUUGUUCGAUUUAGAAAGCUCAUAUACUGCCUUCAUGAAUUCAUUGCCGAAAUCAAGCUAGUGGACGAUGUUGACAGGUCGUCCACCGUUGCCAGUGUACAUAGAGUUACCUCAAGAUUCUGGAUCACUUCAGGCUCAAAGUCUGCAAAAAGAGCUCUUUGGUUGCAAGAAUUCACAUCAGUGGCGUAGAUUCGGCAGAUCGUUUAGUGAACCGUCUCCUUUCUGGAAAGAAGAGGAGCGCAUUUGUGCUCAUAGAUGGGUGUUAAACAUUUGAAGGAGAACAUCAUCGGUGGAUCCGGGGCGGCCGGCCUGAACCACGACGGUUCGGUAUGAUCCGCAAUGUUACCC